CACACGUGACUCGAUGGGUUUAUCUUUUGCUUCUUGUCGUGCUGUUUUGUGCGUAGCGGGGCUGUGUUUAUCGGCUUAUGCGCUGUAUAUAGAAAUUGAAAAGCACAGGGAUGCCUCCUACCGACCUCUGUGUGACAUCAGUGAGGGAGUGAGCUGCACAAAGGCGUUUUUAUCAGAGUACGGACGAGGCUUUGGUAUCAUCGGCUCAUUGCUUGGAAAGGACAGCAUGUUGAAUCAACCUAAUGCUGCCUUUGGAAUGAUCUUCUAUUGUAUUUUUAUAUUUAUUGGUUUGACCAGAUCUGCUUUUCUUGAAACUGUUGGUCUCGUGCUGGCCAUUGGAUCAUGCAUUGUUUCAGUGUACCUGUCGUAUGUGCUCUAUUUGUUGAAGGAUGUCUGCAUAGUUUGUAUGGCAACAUAUAUUAUGAAUUUCCUCCUUAUGCUAGUUACAAUAGCCAGACGAAAUGAACUGAAUGGUAAAACAGACAAAAGAGAAUAAAAAUUUUGAA